AUGACACGGACAGCCUCGUCUGCUUUUGUUGCCAAGCAGCCAAUUGCAAAAUCGAGAUUAUUUCUUCAUGACCUACAUACUCGAACAAAACCGGAGCUGAGGUACAAUUUUGGAUGAAACUAAAAGCGGCGAAGUGGCCCUUCUGAAAACUUGCUGCACCUGCGUAAAAGUCUAUCUGAAAAGCAAUAUAUUGCACAAGAAAAAAGAAUACCGUAUAAAAAUGGCACACUGUAAUAUGCAUUCAUCUUCCUCAAAUGAAGUCAAUUUAGGCCCCUCACACAAUCCCCACGCCAAACCCACCGACUUUGAUUUUUUGGCUGUGAUUGGCAAGGGCACAUUUGGGAAGGUGCUGCUUGCCAAAGCAAAGGCUGAUAACAAGUUCUAUGCAGUAAAGGUCCUGCAAAAGAAAGUUAUACUCAAGAAAAAAGAGCAAAAGAAUAUCAUGGCGGAGAGGAAUGUCCUGCUGAAGAGUCUGAAACAUCCCUUCCUAGUCGGGCUCCACUACUCUUUCCAGACCUCAGAGAAACUAUACUUCGUCUUGGACUAUGUCAAUGGAGGAGAGCUUUUUUACCACCUUCAGAGGGAGGAGAGCUUUGGAGAGCCACGAGCGCGCUUUUACACAGCUGAGGUGGCCAGUGCCAUUGGCUAUUUACACUCUCUCAACAUCGUUUACAGAGACCUCAAGCCAGAAAACAUCUUAUUGGACCGUGAGGGCCAUGUGGUCCUGACAGAUUUUGGAUUGUGCAAAGAGGGAAUAGACCCAGAGACAACUACAACCACUUUCUGUGGAACUCCAGAGUACUUGGCACCAGAAGUCCUGAAGAAGCAGCCUUAUGACAGAACCGUAGACUGGUGGGGCCUGGGCGCUGUCCUGUAUGAAAUGAUCUAUGGACUGCCUCCAUUCUACAGCAAUGACGUGUCAGAGAUGUACGACAACAUCCUCCACCGCCCGCUGAGUCUGCCGGGGGGAAGGAGCUCAGCGGUGGGGGACCUGCUACAGGGGCUGCUGCAGAAAGAACCGCAUCGUCGAAUCGGAGCGAUUGCCGAUUUUCUGGAGGUGAAGAAUCAUGGGUUUUUCUCUUGCAUAAACUGGGAUGACCUGUACCACAGAAACAUUAAGCCCCCAUACAACCCGAAUGUGAGGGGCCCAGCAGACACCCAGCACAUUGAUCCUGAAUUCACCAAAGAGAUGGUGUCAGGGUCUGUGGGUUGCGCACCGGAUUUUCCUUCCAGCCUAGCAACAAGUAGCUCCAAUGCCUUCACAGGAUUCUCUUAUGUUUCCACAGAGGACUAUCUCUGAGGCCAAAUAAUUAUUUCAGAAAAAGCUCUUAUUCUGUACUUCUUAUACUUUGAAUUACCUUAUAGCAUUUCUCUUGUACUUCAAAUAUGUUGGAUUUACCAACUGCCUCUUCACAUUAAAUCAAAGAGAGUGUGCUUUUAAUACAUUUGGUGAAGUUUCUCUUCUUUGACUUGAAUGAAGAGUUAUGAAUUUCCCCGGAAUACCCCAUUCAUGCCUAAGCAAGAAUAGGACUAAGCAUCAGUUUGUUUAUUGUAGACCUGCAUAUUUGUUGUACAGAAUGAUGUAAUAAAUAAAUAGCCUAAUUAAAUAAUGUAAUGUAAUGAAUAGAUUACCACCAAUAAUCUUAAUCGCCAAUGACAAAGAUGGAAGAGGGUUUUCCAAGAUUUAGGGCUGCAAGUCUUUUUGUUCUACCGUAAUGUAGGCUGCCCACAGCAGCAAGAUAAUGUUUUGUAAUAAUGUAUUAUUUCCAUGUAGGCCUAUUUCUGUAUGUGAUGAGUUAUAAGUUAUAAAUGUAAGCUAGAUUGUGGCUUUCUCAACCUGUAAAUAUUUGAAAUAAGAUAUGUAAAAUAAAAACAUCUGUUUAAACUUUAAACUACAAUGACUGUCAUGAAAUAAAAACAAUAUUGAUGUUUU